GAUAGGGCAAUUCCUCUGUUUCUUUCCCCAUCUUCUCGUUCUUCUUCCUCUCGAGCAAUUCCUCUGUUUCUUUCCCCAUCUUCUCGUUCUUAUUCCUCUCGAGCAAUUCCUCUGUUCCUUCCUCUCGGGCGAUAUGUCGACCUCCUCGUCAGCCCCCCGUUCCACGUGGCCGGUGUAUGGUCCAGUGCCGAUGACUCGAUGCACUGACUGCCCACGGACUGCGCCACUGAAGCAGUUGACUUCGAAGGAGGAGAAUAAUGGGAACUUUGGGCGCGAGUUCGUCAAAUGCGAGAGCAAGCCGGAGGGGCAGAUCGUGAAGAAAUGCCACCAUUUCGAGUGGAUGGAUGAUUACAUCCAGAGGCUUCAAGGGUUGGGCUUGCUGGAUUCGAGGGGGAAUGCAAUCCGCGAGUUCAAUCUGCCCCAUGACAGUGCCGCUCCGGCAGCAGCAGCGCGUCCGGAAUACCCGACGGUGGUAGAUGUCGAACUGAAGACGGAAUUGAAGAAGAUGAACAAGAACUUCAAGCAGCUGAUUGAGUUGAAGAAGCAAUCCAAUCUGAUAGCUUUAGGAAUACUUGCUCUAGGAAUUUUUUACUUGAUGGCCAUCUCUCGUUAGAGAUGUUUGUCUACUGUUGUUGCCACUGUUUAGCAAUCCAAGUCUGUUUAUCUCAAAUGCAACUCUGUUUAGUGCAACUGUCGAUCUCUGAAUGUAUGCAGUUUACUGUUAA